UGACGUAUAAUCUAGUGGACGGGACACGUCUUCAACAACAACAACAACAACAAAGCUACCGAUUCAACCCCUUCGGCAGCUUGCUAGCCAACAUAAAACCGAAACAUUGAAGUUCUUUUUAAACACAAUCCUGUUAACGUAUAUACCAGUUAACUUUAAAAGUAAUUUGCUUGUUCAAUUUGUUGAAAUUGUUACUCAGCCUAGCACUAAGCUAGUCGCUAAUGCAAACUAGCUAACUAGCUAACAACCCCAACCAUGAGCUCACUAAAUUACUCCUCCCCUGCUAAAGAAGAGAAUGUCUGCUGGACGGAGAAAGAAGCUCUGGGGCUGAACAUUGUCGUGAAAGAGGAAGAGGAGGAUAUUACAGUAAAAGGAAAGGAAGAAGCUUCCAGAACGAUAAAGGAGGAAGAUCAUGUUACAUUUGGAGUGGAAGAUGGGAUAGAGGCUGUCACAGUGGAAGAGGAGUGGGUAGAAGAUUUCAGAAUAAAAAAGGAAGAGGAGGAGGAUGUUAUAGUGAAAGAAGAGGAAGAACCUUUUAGCGUGAAAGAGGAAGAGGAGGCUAUCUCAAUAAAAGAGGAGGAAGACGUUUUGGGAGUGAAAGAGGAGGAGGAAGGAGAGGAGGAGGAGACUGAAAAAGAUCUGAUUAACACCAGAGAGAGACCACACUCUCACUCUGACAACAGGAAGAGUCCUUCAGGGGAACAAGACCCAGAGACGCCCAAACCAGUGAGACCACACCAGUGUUCCCACUGUGUAAAGAGUUUUAAGUGGUUAUGUUACCUAAAAGAACAUGAAAGAAUACACACAGGAGAAAAGCCUUUCCAAUGUUCCCAGUGUGUAAAGAGUUUUACCCAAUUAGGGAGCCUGAAAAUACAUGAGAGAUCACACACAAGAGAGAAACCUUACCACUGUGCCCACUGUGAAAAUACCUUUUUCUCAUCAGGGGACUUGCUAAAGCAUAAAAGAACACACUCGGCAGAGAGGCCCUACCAAUGUUCCCAGUGUGGAAAGAGUUUUAUCCAGUUAGGUAACCUGAAAAGGCAUUUGAGAACACACACAGGGGAGAAGCCCUACCACUGCUCAUACUGUGAAAAGAUAUUUACCCAGCUAGCGAACUUAAAAAGGCAUGAGAGGACACACAAAGGCGAAAAACCUUACCAAUGUUCCCAGUGUGAAAAGAGUUUUACAGAGUUUGGGAGCAUGAAAAGGCAUGAGAGAAUACAUACAGGGGAGAAGCCUUACCACUGCUCCCAAUGUGAAAUGAGAUUUUCCUCAUCGUGGUGCCUAAAAUCACACAAGAGGACACACUCAGGAGAGAAGCUUUUCCAAUGCUCUCAGUGUGUAAAGAGUUUUACCCGGUUAGGGGACCUGAAAAGACAUGAGAGGACACACACAGGAUGAGCCUCAUCACCGCUCCCAGUGUUGCAAGAGUUUUAUCUGGUUAGGUAGCCUGAAAAAUACACUCUGGAGAGAAGCUUUACCACUGCUCUCACUGUGGCUUUAAACUUACCUGCUUAAAGCAACUGAAAGAGCAUGUAAGUCCACACCUGAGAGAAACGUUAUCAAUGCUCCCAGUGUGGAAAGAGAUAUGAAAUCAAAUUAUAAAAAGCAGACUCAAAAAUAAAUCUGUUUUUAUUUCAACACAUGACCUAAAUAUGGAGUACGUCAGAAAGAUUGUAGAUGCUCUGUGAUUAAACUGCCCGUUUUAAACUCA